AUGGCUUCAAAUGUUACACAUAAAAAAUCUACAAUCCAUAAUCUUGAAUCGUUUGCUUGUCUCUGGUUAGAUCAAAAUAUUAAUUUAACAAAAGAUAAUCGUGAUACUCAACAAGCACUUCGUCAAAUCAUUAAUCAUCUACGACUAUUUGAUAAUACUGAUGAAUGUGAACAAUACAUGAAGGAAAUUGUUCAUGAAAAGGUAAUUCUCAUCGUGUCUGGGAGUUUAGGUCGACAAAUCGUUCCUCGACUUCAUGAUCUUCCGCAAUUUGCAGCAUGUUAUGUCUUUUGUCAAGAUAAAGAAGCUAACGAACAAUGGGCAAAUAAAUACCAUAAAGUCAAUGGAGUUUUUGUUGAACGUGCGAAGUUAAUUGCUCAGAUAUCGAAAGAUCAAACUGCACGAGCAAAAGUAGAAGAUGGUGGAUCCGUUGCUGUCAUUAGUUCUGGCACGCAUUCUCUUCAAACCCGUAAUGCUAUUUUUAUGUGGUUUCAACUAUUCAUUGAAGUUUUACUUCGAAUGCAUCAUAAAUCUAUCGAUCGGCAGGAACUCAUUGAUAUCUGCAAAGAGAGUUACAAAGGAAAUCAAAAAGAAAUAGAGAUCAUUGGUGAAUUUGAGAAAAAUUACAAACCGGAAAACGCGAUUUGGUGGUACACUCGUGAAUCAUGUUUUUAUCGAAUUGUGAAUAAAGCAUUACGUGUGCAAGACUUCGAUAUGUUAUUCGCCUUCCGAUUCUUGAUUACAGAUAUGGCCGAACAGAUUAAAGAUGACUAUGAAGAAUUUCUUCGUGCUAGUGGUAGUCAAAAUGUUAUUCGAGUUUAUCGUGGUCAAGUGAUUGGAAGCGAUGAAUUAGAUUUGAUGAAAAAAAAUACUGGCGAGUUUCUUUCGAUGAAUUCGUUUUUAUCUACGAGCCGUAGGCGUUCAACAGCUCUGAAAUUUUCUCGACUGGCACCAGUUAUCGAUAGCAUGGAACGAAUUAUCUUCGAAAUUGAGAUCGAUACACGUUUACAAACCAAACCAUUUGCUGAUGUAAGCAAAAGCAGUUUUUUUCAAAACGAAGAUGAGAUAUUACUUAGCCUUGGAGCGUUGUUUCGUAUUGAAAAAGUUUUUGAAGACAAAAAUGAUCGGAUCUGGAUCGCUCAAGUGUCUCUGGCAAGCGAAGAUGAUUUUCAUUUGAAAGAGACAUUUGUAUAUAUGAAAAAUACAAUUGGAGAUGAUGCUGAUCUGGAUUCACUCGGGAAAAUAUUGUUCCAAAUGGGUGAAUAUGAGCAAUCAAGAAAAUGUUAUGAGCGUAUGAUGCAAGAGUUACGUGUAAAGACAGCAGAUUGUCAUGUUGGUUUUGGGAAAGCUGAAGAGUGGCAAGAUCGACCUAUUCCAGGGUUAUCUCAUUAUGAUGAAGCAAUGAAGAUACGACAGGAAGUAUUCGGCCCAAAGCAUGCUAACGUCGGAGAAGUGUAUAGUUUAAUUGGAGCUUCACAAUCGUUCUCACUAAAUGAAUACGAUGAAGCAUUGGUAAACUUUAAAAAGGCAAUCGCAAUUCAAGAAGGAUCUACUUUAUGUGAUAUAAUAGCCCUUUGCAGAACUUAUAGCAACAUAGCUUCGACGUAUGAUGAUAUUGGAAACCAUCAAUUGGCUCUAGAAUACUUCAAUAAAUGUCUUACAAUUCAGCAGACUGCUUUACCACCAAACCAUCCAGGAAUCGCAAUGACAUACAAUAACAUGGGUUGCGCCUAUAGAAAUAUCUCAGACUCUACUAAAGCUUUGGAAUGCUACCAGAAAUCGCUUUCCAUUAAUCGCCAAAUUCUCCCGCCGACUCACACAUAUAUUGUUCGAACUGAAGACAAUAUUCGUAGGUUACAAAAAAAGACGAAGAACUGA